AAGAAACGGAUACGUCACCAGGAAGCAUUGGGAAUUUAUUGUUUGUCAAUUCACAAACAUGUAGCUAGCUAAGGCAAUAACAAAAUAUACCAUUUCAUGAAAGAUAUGAUAUAACGUUAACCUAUUCUUAAUUGAAAUGGUAGACUAUUAAGAGGCCUUCUUUGUCCUGAUUUAGGUACAAGAAUAAAUGUACGCCCUCACAAAAAGAAGAUGUACCCCAACUCUUCGAUUCUGGGGCGUCCACCUUUCCCCCCUAAACGUGGGCAAGCUAACGGGUUCGUCGCCCAGCUCCCUUUGCCCGUCUUGUUUUCUCCACAUCAAGUGAUCGAAUCACAGUUCAACAUAAGGAAUACUAAUUUCCAUGGCUUGCCUCUGAACAACGUUGCCCGUCUCCCAGCAACAUCCCCUCUUGAUUGGAAGCUAGGACACAGUACGCCUCCACAUGUCCCCAGUGUUUCAGCAGUAACAAUGGGCAGAAAGAGGAGGAGUGACGAGCACAGCCCGUAUGACUUGAAGAGGCAGCGCUUCAGCUCGCCCGGAUGCCACGUUGGCUCGCCGGAGGCCGCGGCGUCGCCCCUAGCCGCCCGGACGGCGAGCUCGCACCUGCGGAGCGACAGCAGCAGCCCCGCCCUUUCGCCCCACACCCCAAAACCUGCGGGCUGCGUCCCGCCGCUCAGGGGGGAGUCCCGACACAGUGCGCCUGGCAGCCCGCUGCCUCCUGCCAAGGACAAGCUCAGUCAGCAGAUUCUGGAGCUGUUUCAGGCGUGCCAGCAGCAGAGCGAUGAUCUGCAGAAGAAGGAAGUCUGCAGAGCACAGCUCCAAAGGGAAAUUCAGCGCCUUUUUCCAAGUUCUCGGGUGUAUUUGGCUGGCUCCUCUCUCAAUGGCUUCGGGAGUCGGAGCAGCGAUGCAGACUUGUGCCUAGUUGUCCAAGAGGGACCAGUGAACCAGAGAACUGAUGCUGUGUAUAUACUCAGUAUUGUACAGAAGUUGUUUUACCGGCUAUCAUACAUUGAGAGACCUCAGCUUAUCCGUGCAAAAGUGCCGAUACUGAAAUUCAGGGAUAAAAUCAGUGGAGUGGAGUUUGACUUGAAUGUAAACAACAUUGUGGGAAUACGGAACACAUUCCUCCUCCGAAGCUAUGCAUACAUUGAAAGUAGGGUUCGGCCAGUUAUCCUCGUGAUAAAGAAAUGGGCCCGACACCAUGGAAUCAAUGAUGCUAGCCGUGGAACUUUGAGCAGCUACUCAUUGGUGCUGAUGGUCUUGCACUAUCUUCAGACCUUGCCUGAGCCAGUCAUUCCCUGCCUACAGAAGGAAUAUCCUGAAUGCUUCAACCCCUCUAUGGAUAUCCAUCUUGUGCCAGAAGGACCAAAAGAGAUUCCCUCCUACACCUCCAGAAACCAGUCCACACUUGGAGACCUGUUGCUUGGCUUCCUGAAGUACUAUGCCUCUGUUUUCAAUUGGGACAAAUGUGUGAUCUCAGUUCGAGAUGCUGAAGCUUUCCCCAAACCCAACUGCAGAGAAUGGAGGGACAAGUUCAUUUGUGUUGAAGAGCCCUUUGACCGAACAAACACAGCAAGAGCAGUCCAUGAAAGGAUCAAGUUUGAUUCCAUAAAGGCAGAAUUCAAAAAGUCUUGGCAGGUGCUCCAGCUGAAGAAGGACUUGAACUUUAUCCUGCCAGUGAGGGCGACAAUACAGAAGAGAUAAUGCUACCACAACCUCUUUGGGGUGUGGAAAAACCAGCCUGAAGUCUAGGAAGUGGAUCACCAAUCUGGAAUUUUGUGGAGCUUUACAAUAUAGUUGUCAUUCUGAGACAAUGAAUACAGUACGGUAGCAUUCGUAUGCUCAGAACAUGAAGGCCAUAUUGGGACAAAAAAGAUUCAUAUUAUUGCACUGAUCAUUCUGCUGAGCUUUCACCUUUUCAAUUUGUGUAAAUAUGAAAUAAUUUUGCUAUUCACCUCAGCUUGUACUUUCCACACACCUGUCUUACCCUGACAUUGAAGAACUUGUAAGACUGUUUAAAGUAUGGCCCUGGAUUUUUAAAAAGAUAUAAUUUUUUACUGUCUUCUGUGAUGGAUUUUCAUGUUCACUUCAGUAAAAUGCUUGAACGCUCAUUUUGAGAUCAUAGCUUUUCAUGCGGGGAAAAAAAAAAAAAGACAAAAAAAUGAAAUUGUUAACGAGUUUGCAGAGGCGAUCUUCAGUGGCUCCCAUAUUUUGAUGGGCAUGUUUUAAUGAUAGUGCAAAACGAUAUUAUAUGUAUCCAUGUGUUGUACUAUAUUUGUGACAAAUUGUUCACUGAAUUACAAAUGGGUAAAACAGACUUGAGUGCAGCAUUGAAUUUUUUUAUUUUUUAUUUAUGCUGUUUUAACCCCCUCAAGGAGAUGCAUUUUUCACUGAAGGUGGUUUUGUAACUCCAUCUUAGUGCUGUAUGUAAUUCCUGAGGUUCUUCAGUGGAGCCCAGUCGUGAUUGAAAUCCACUGUCACCUUGUUGCAGAUGCUUUCCUUUUGCAUCUAACACUUUUCGUCUCCUUAGCUUCAGGUCUGUGGUUCCAAUGUUGUAGUCUUCAAAGUACACACAUGUGGCCAAAAUUUAUUUUUGGUUUUGUUUUGUUUUGUUUCAAAAACUGAGAAGUCCUUUGCAAUAGUUGCAGCUACCAAUGCAAAUCCUGUUGUGUGUACUAUUCUGUUCUGGUUGUACUUAAGGCAAACCUGGGUUCGAUCCUCUGUUUAAUAGGUUUACACAUGGUUCAGAAUGCUGCAGUCAUAGUGCUGGGCUGCUUGUGCACCGAGCGUGUGUCUUUUCUACGUCAGUAUGUGGUAUGCGGCAAUUUCUGUGUUUGUCCAUUUUUCUAUGUGUCCCCUAACCUUUGAGGUGUUACUUUAAGCAAUUAAACUUGUGAAAAAAUAAGUGCCAUUUUUUUCUUGUUACCUGCAUUGUAUCUGCUGACAUGUAUCGUAUAGACAUGGAAAUAAACAUCUGAAGUUGCUCUUUUGACUUGCAAGUAUCUAGGUUUCAGUCUCAAACAAAUACACCAUAGUCCGAUUUUUGUAUAGUCUGAUACCUUUUAGUAUUUAUAUUUUUGUGUUGGUGUCAAUUAGGCACCUUAAUAUUGUGUAAGAUCUUCUAUAAAUAACAGUUUGGAUUUAUUUUAGGAUGGGAAACCAAAGUUUAGUAAUACAUUUUUGGUGGUUAACUAUUUAUUCACCCAUUGAUUCAAAAAUGUAUUCCACUUUGUCAUUUAUUUAAUAAAGAUUUUUGCAACCUG